GUUCUUUUUCCCCUCUCGCUAACGCCUAUAGUAUGCCUUUUUGAUCUCGCAUUUCUGUGUUUAAUUUUUGUCUCUUCAACCCCUAAUCAACUACCAUCACUAAGCAGAUAUAUGCAGUUUGUUGUGUUUGUGGAUCCAUCAUCAUGUCCUUCUCGGAUUCUGACUUUUCAUCUUAUGGUGCCGACUACAAGAAUUUUAGACAAAUCAGCCGUGAACGUUUAUUACUUGAAAUGCUUCAGUCGGCAAAAGCAGGGGACUCAAAGUCAACCUGGAAGGUACUCAUCAUGGACAAAAUUACUGUAAAGAUUAUGUCUUAUGCAUGCAAGAUGGCCGAUAUCACCCAGGCAGGAGUUUCAUUGGUAGAAGAUAUAUUCAGACGAAGGCAACCGUUGCCCUCUAUGGACGCUAUAUACUUCAUACAACCAACUAAGGAGAAUGUCAUCAUAUUCUUGUCGGACAUGUCCGGGAAGUCACCUUUAUAUAAGAAGGCAUUUGUUUUCUUCAGCUCACCCAUUUCAAAGGAACUGGUUGCUCAUAUUAGGAAAGAUACAAUUGCAUUGCCUCGCAUAGGAGCAUUGAGAGAGAUGAAUUUGGAGUAUUUUGCUAUAGACAGCCAGGGUUUUAUUACUGACAAUGAGAGGGCUUUAGAGGAACUGUUUGGAGAUGAGGAGGAUUCUCGCAAAUGUGAUGCAAGUUUGAAUGUGAUGGCUACUCAAAUAGCUACAGUUUUUGCUUCUUUAAAGGAAUUUCCUUUUGUGCGCUAUCGUGCUGCCAAGUCCCUUGAUGUGACCACGAUGACAACUUUACGUGAUUUGAUUCCCACAAAACUUGCUGCUAGAGUUUGGGACCAUCUAAUGCAUUAUAAACAAAAGAUUGAAAACUUUCCUCAGACAGAAACAUGUGAGCUGCUUAUCCUAGAUAGAUCUGUAGAUCAGAUUGCUCCUAUUAUACAUGAGUGGACAUACGAUGCCAUGUGUCAUGAUUUACUGAAUAUGGAGGGAAAUAAAUAUGUGCAUGAGGUUCCUUCUAAAACAGGUGGUCCUCCUGAGAAGAAAGAUGUUCUUUUAGAAGAACUUGAUCCUGUCUGGCUUGAGCUGCGCCAUGCGCAUAUAGCAGAUGCUAGUGAACAAUUGCAUGAGAAGAUGACUAACUUUGUAUCAAAAAAUAAAGCUGCACAACUCCAGCAUACUUCAAGAGAUGGUGAGCUUUCCACGCGGGACUUGCAAAAGAUGGUUCAAGCAUUGCCACAGUACAGUGAACAAAUUGACAAGUUAUCCCUCCAUGUUGAGAUUGCUGGAAAAAUUAACAGAAUUAUCAGGGAUUUGGGGCUUCGAGACAUAGGGCAACUGGAGCAGGACCUGGUCUUUGGAGAUGCCGGGAUGAAAGAUGUAAUUAAAUUUUUAACUACAAAAGAGGAUGUGACUCGCGAAAAUAAGUUACGCUUGUUGAUGAUUCUUGCAACCAUUUACCCUGAGAUGUUUGAUACUGAACAGGGUCUUAAUGUAAUGAAGUUAGCAAAUUUACCACAAGAUGAUAUGAAUGCUGUCAGUAAUAUGAGAUUACUUGGGGGAUCUCUGGAGUCCAAAAGUAGUUCGACUGGGGCUUUCUCUCUAAAGUUUGACAUUCGUAAGAAGAAGCGUGCUUUUAGAAAAGACCGCACGACUGAGGAAGUAACAUGGCAGUUAUCUCGAUUUUACCCUAUGAUAGAGGAAAUUGUUGAAAAACUUAGCAAAGGAGAACUAUCCAAGGAUGAAUAUCCAUGUCUGAAUGAUCCAAGUGCAACCUUCCAUGGAACAUCCCAUGCUGCAGCAAUGCAUGAACCUCCAGCUCCUCAUUCGAUGAGAUCAAGACGGACACCGUCAUGGGCUCGACCACGAAAUUCUGAUGAUGGAUAUUCAAGUGAUUCCGUACUAAGACAUUCAUCUAGUGACUUAAAGAGGAUGGGCCGACGUAUUUUUGUAUUUAUUGCAGGUGGAGCUACUAGAUCUGAGCUAAGGGUAUGUCACAAGCUUACAAGUAAGCUGCAAAGGGAAGUGGUACUAGGCUCUUCAAGUCUUGAUGAUCCUCCACAAUUUAUUACGAAACUAAAGCUAUUAGCAGCGCACGAACUUUCAUUGGAUGAUAUACAGAUAUAAAUGGGAUGGGAUAAGCUGCUCGGUACAGGCUUUCUGUAGGUUUCUGAUCCUAUUUGUAUUCAUAGAUUAGAUACUUGAAUUCAUUGUAUCCAUUUUUCCAGCAUUGUAGUGGAUUGGUCUGCCUGGAUCUGGAUUGUGGGAAAGCAUUCUGCACAACCAGGUUAGUCAUUUCAUUUGUGGUUUGAUGGUGAUAUGUUGGGUUUGUUGAGCGGUUUCAGUGUGUACAAAAUCAUAUUCACUAAGCAAUAGAAAUCAUCAAUUAAUCUCCA